AUGUCGGCCCCUACAUCCCCUAUAAUCGCAAAGUCUGUUCAGAAGGAGAUCACGGCAGAGGCAAAGAGGGAACAAAAGGCAUUCCAGCAUAUGGUCAAAGACCUGGAGCAUCUGGAGAAGAAGGAUAACAAAGCACACAAGCAUGUGGACAAGAUGGCAAAAGCGUUGAAUAAGAAUGAGCAGAAAGAACAGAAGACCAUGCAGAAGAUGCACAAGGCGACGGAGAUCCACGAAGACACCAAGCUCAAGACUACCCAUUUGCACCGUGAGCUGCAGGCUUCGAAACAAGAGGAGGACAAAAUUCGCUCGCGACUAAAGGAGAAGAAGCUAGAGGUUGAGAAUGCAAUGUUAGAGAAAGAGUCGAACGAGCAAGCUCGACUUCGUCGAUUGGACGAGGCAAAGCGUCAGCCUGAGCCGACUACUUCUGAUAAUGCACCUGUGAAUGUUGUACAGCAGCCAACGGAGCCCCGGCCAACGCAGCUCCAGUAA